AUGUGCGUCAUCCCGGGAGUGGUCAUGCUACCGAAGUUCAAGGCAAUCAUCGCCGAUAAUACUGAUCUCACGGAUGGUGUCUUCAACAGGGCGAUACUCGGAGAGGAACUGGUGGAUAACUUUGCGCUCAUCGGGUGCAAGCAGCUCGAGCUCCUGGAAGAGUCCUUAUUUCGCAGGGACACCGACGGCAAACCGAGGCACGACCUGGAGCACGACACGGAUCGUGAAGCUGUGGCUCUCACCACAAACUGCUUUGCGUGCGCGACGACGCCAGUUGCCAAGCAGGAUAUCCGCAAGGCAUACAAUGCCACUGCGCCAAAGUGCGAGAACGAUCGCCAACGGUCCACUGUGUGCCUCAGCUCUUCAUAG